CACGGAGCGGGUAUGGGUAUCGAGAUACCCGCCCCGGACCUGCCCCAUUGCCAUUCCUAAUAUGAGUAUGGGUAAAACCGAACUAUUCUAGGUAGGAUAAUGGAUAUGCACUAUCCGCCCCGACCCAAAAAUGUCUUAAAACUACUUUUAAAAUUGGUGAAUAGUAUGUUAAAAUGCAAUGUAAGAUGUAAUGAUGUUAGUUUAUUAAAACAAAAUAAUACACACAAAUAACUAACUAGCAAAGUAAAAAAUUAAAAAACAAUGCAGAAAGCCACUAACAAUUUUGAGUAUGCCAAAGCUUUCGUGUUUGAUAUUGUGAUUGGAUUAGAAGGCCAUUUGUUGAAGAAAAACCAUUUGAACUUCUUUCAUAUGAAUAUUCUUCAUAUAUGGCAGACGUGUUAUAUGUAUUAUUCUAUUCGUAACAAGAUUCAACAUUUCAUGUAAACAACUAAUUGCAAUUGCCUCUUGCGUAGCCAAGUUAACCGACUCCAUUCCCUUCUUUGCCUAAUUCGGUUAAGGUGUUGCUGUAAACUAACGUUCUUGAAUUCUAUCACGUGUGAUUCAACGUGUAUUAAAUAUUUUAAGCAUAACGGACAUUAUAAUGUAACCUGAUUCGUUUGUGUCAAUAGAUACCAAAAGAAACAUUUAAAACACAGAAACACGAGCCCGGUUCAACAAGGUUCGAAAUUGGACUUUGUAACGAGAUAGGUAUAGUAUCCAGAUUAUAUAGAAAAAACAAACGAGAGUUAAAAACUGGACAAAUAAUAUUAGGUUAUAUUUCGCUUGUAAUUGCUUAUGUUUGAUCCAUUUAUGUCUUGGUUUGUAGGGAAUCAAAGCGUAUUAUAAUUUAGUCUAAAAUUUGAAAAUCAAACCAAACCAAACCAAAUUGUAAAUGAAUAUGUCAUAUAUGUAACAAUAUACCGGACAAGUUCGACUCAGAAGAAAUUUCUUUACAUUUUCAAACUUAUUAAUUUAUUCACGUUGUAUAAGUUUACCUAACAAAGAGAAGAAUGAACUAAAAUGUAACUCGGUUUAUAUGCGCUGAAAAUGCUUAAUGAUGAAAUGACCAUUACUAUCGAACACCUGAUAUUGGUUCGCCCGACCGAAAUCCAACCCGACAGCCCGGAAUCAAUCCCCCAGACCAACCCUCGACCCGGUCGAUCUCGACCGUCCCUGUGCAAAGUUAUUACCGCAUUUAUUUAUUUUCUAAUUAUUUCCCCCCCAAUUUUGUCAGCUUUGUCGCCAAGAAAUCCCCUCGUCGUUUAUUUCCAAGUUUUCUCAUUUCCGGUCGUUUUAGGUCUCUCCCUCCCUUUCCAUUUCCCCCAUUUCUCUCUCUCUCCUUCCCUCUGUUUCUCUUUCCUUGGUGCCGUUUCGCCAUUCCUUCACCCCGCCGCCGCCGCUUCAGUUUCUUCAGUCGGGGAAGAACGAACUCACAUUGCUCCGUCGACCGAAUUCCUCCUCCGUCAAAAGAAAAGUCAUUGUUGCCGAAACGGUAAUGCGGAUCGUUUUCCGCAUAGACAAACGACACGCAAUGCGCGGCGGCGGCUUCGAUUCCUUCUAGCGCGGUCCACUCUCCACCACCCUCAAUAUUGUCCUCUCAGUCAACCGCUUUUCUAUCUCCGCUGCCGGCGACAUUAUUUAAUCAACAAUGUCGGUGCCGGCGUGGCUGGAGUCGCUGCUGAGCACCGCCUUCUUCUCCGUCUGCCGCCUCCACAGGGACGCCGCGAGGAGCGAAUGCAACAUGUACUGCCUGGAUUGCAAGGGCGAUUCGUUCUGCUUCUACUGCCGCUCUUCCCGCCACAAGGAUCAUCAAGUCAUCCAGAUUCGGAGGUCUUCGUAUCACGACGUGGUGAGGGUCGGGGAGAUAGAGAGGUUGCUGGACAUCAGCGGGGUACAGACGUACGUCAUAAACAGCGCCAGAGUGAUGUUCUUGAACGAGCGGCCGCAGCCCAAAUCGAGCAAAGGAGUCGCCCACAUUUGUGAGAUUUGCGGCCGGAGCUUGCUCGACACAUUCCGCUUCUGCUCGUUGGGUUGCAAGCUUGUAAGGAUAAAGAGGAACGGAGAUGCUAGCUUUAGCAUGGAAGGAAAGAAUGCAGGAGGUGAAGGAGAAGCCAUAGAAGAAGAAGAAGCCUCUACAUUGUUAGGAAUGCAAGAAAGAAUAAUAAUGAGGAGAAGGGAAGCUCAAAUGUCACCAAGGCUAACGAGUACAUCAUCGUCGAGGGAGGACGAUCAAGAAUUACGCGAAAGCACUCAACGAGACAUCUACUCGGCCACUCCUCCUCCACCGCCUUCCAACGCAAGGCGAAGAAAAGGCAUUCCCCGUCGUGCACCUUUCUUUGCUUCCUAAUCCUUCCUUAAUCUAUUGUUGCUAUUGUCAUUAUCAUUACACCAUUCGAGUAUAAAGUCAUCCUACACAAAACUCAAACACACACACAAAAGACUCUUUUCCCUCCCCAACCCUUCCUUUCUUGCACAAAUUCAUCCAUCUUUAGUGGGUAAGAAAGUGAGAAGACGAAGAAGGAAGAGGGUGUACAUAUGGCCUUAUAGCACACUAUACAUGUCCUUAUAUGCCCUUCUUUUGCUUUUGUUUCUUUAAUAACCAAAAGGGGUGAUGAGUAAGUUUCCCCUUUUGGGUUGGAGGACCCAUUAGGCCAACAUAACACAAAGCUAUGAGAAGAAAAGAAAGGGAAGACAAAGAAGAAUUCUUCUUUCUCUCUUGUGAAUUGAAGAAGUAGCAAUAAUGCAACCCCAAAAUUAUUUGUUAUAAUGUAUACACUUGUUAAUUGUUCUAUAGUGAUUGAUGUUUGCAAUGCAAGGUUGUACAUUGGCGUUAAUAAAAUCUAAAAAGUCUUCUUCUUUUGUGGAAUCCGUUUCAUAUAAGGGUUUCUUUCUUGUAGUUUGCUUUCUAUUUCCUUUUCUUUUCGUUGGGUCCACUAAACCACAUGGGCCUUUCACAUAAAGAAAACUACAUUUCUCCCUUUCCUCUUUCUUUAUUACAUGAGUGCACCUUUCCUAAUCACUAUUAUUGUUUACUUAAUCAUAUAGUAUAUGUGUGUAUCAUCUAUACACAUUUCUAUGUCUUUGGUAACCUAACCAAUACCACUUAACCCUCAUGUGCUUAUAAGAAUAUCGAUGUGUUUGCCCUUUAAUUUGAUCCAUGUCACUAUGAUAGGCCCUAGUGUGUUAUUUGAUGGGUAGUUAUCAAAUUCGAUCGAACUAAUAUAAAUGGCGCACUUAGAGGACUGCUAUCCAAUUAUCAGUAAACAACUCUAUCGCUUUGACAUGUCAAGAUGUGAAAAUGAUUGUGAAAUAUUCUCACAAGAUGUGAUGUUUCCAAUUGUCUGUUUGUCUACUACCACAAGAAUUCCUAUCAUCAGUAACAAACUCAAUUAUCUCCAUAUAAUGACUUCAUUAUAUGUAUGAAAAAUGAAUGAAAUCCAAAUUGGAUUCACAUUUUUUACAUUGUAUUUCAUACAUUAUCUAUAUUGAUAACCCGAAUGUUUUACCAAAUGAAUGGGUGUGCACUCAUGUACAUUAGAGUAAGGAAAUCUUAGCCUAAUAACAAGAUCAUCUACUAUAAAUUUAUCGAAUAUUCAUUAUUAAAAUUCACCUCCUUUUUGUCGGUAAAUUCCUUGUUUGAAAUGUAUAAUGAACACUCCUUUGAUUGUGAGGUUAAUUUCGGUUACUUUGAGACCAUAUUGCUUUCUUAGCUUUUGAUGAAUACAACAACUACAAAAAGUGAAAAUACAUGUAAAUUUUUUAAUUUUGGACUAUACAAUACAUAUGGUGAACGAUAGAUAACUAGUAAUUAACGAAAGGUAUAACAUAAACAUUAAAUAGCCAAUUUAGUAGGUGGAGAGGGACGUGGAUGUGAUAGUUAAUUAAAAUCCUAAUCCCUUUCGUUAUGAUUCAUUUGAGCGGGAAAGUAGUAGUAGGUAAGUUCAUUGGAAGAGAAAUGAAGUAGGUAAAAGCACUAAGCAAUGAUUAAUAAUAUACUAUAGUUUAAUGAUCUACUUUGGAAUAUUAAUUGAAACCUAUUCCAUGAUUAGUAGUUACAAUUAUUCUGUAAUUAAUAAAGAGAUUACUAGCUAGAAUAUAACCAAAUUCCAAACAAAAGUACUAUUAGUCCAAUUACAAAUAGGUAACAAGGUAGCUUCGGGUCUUAAUUUACCCAAUGUGAAGAGUUCAAACCUAGAAAAAAUAAAUAGAGUAUGUAUGUAGACAUUUGUACAUCCAACAAAAGAAAUGAAGGAGUCCUAU